UCCCUCUCGCCGUGUUUACAAUCCACCGCGUAGUCGCGUUCGCGUACCACCUCCACCCCUUAAACCCCUGCAAUUAAUUCACUCUCCACUGCACUCCACUCCACUAAUCCCCCACCUCCCUCUCCUCCUCCUCCUCCUCUCUCUCCACCAGCUUUCCCUCCCCUCUCUCUCCUCCACCAAAUCGAGCCAAGAAUCGCCCGCCGCCGCCCGCCGUAGCCGCGACGUACGUCUAUCUCCGCCUCCCCAAUGGGCGCGCUUCUUCUCCGCUGCGUCCUCCUAGCCUUAGUAGUCGCCGCGCACGGCGCGGUGGCGGGGAGGCUGUCCCCGAACUACUACCGCCACAGCUGCCCGCGGGUGGAGCGGAUCGUGGCCGACGUCGUCGCCGCCAAGCAGCGCGCCAACCCGUCCACGGCGGCGGGCACGCUCCGCCUCUUCUUCCACGACUGCUUCGUCGGCGGCUGCGACGCGUCGGUCCUCGUCUCCCCGCUCUCCGCCGACCGGUCCCCGGAGCGCGCCGCGGAGAUCAACCUCUCCCUGCCUGGGGACUCCUUCGACGUGGUCGCCCGCGCCAAGGCCGCCCUCGAGGUCGCCUGCCCGGGCGCCGUCUCCUGCGCCGACAUCCUCGCGCUGGCCGCGCGCGACCUCGUGGGCAUCCUCGGCGGGCCGCGCUUCCCCGUCGCGCUGGGCCGCCGCGACGCCCGCCGCUCCGAUGCGCGCGACGUCGAGGGGAACCUCCCGCGCACCAACAUGUCCGCGCGCGCCAUGACGGUGCUGUUCGCGCGCAAGGGGUUCACGCCGCAGGAGCUCGUCGCGCUCGCCGGCGCGCACACCGUCGGCUUCUCCCACUGCGGCGAGUUCGCGCACAGGCUCUACAGCUUCAGGAGCGCCGACGGCUACGACCCGUCGCUGAACCCGUCGUUCGCGCGCGCGCUGCAGACCUCCUGCGCCAACUACAAGAAGGACCCGACCAUCUCCAUCUUCAACGACAUCAUGACCCCCGGCAAGUUCGACGAGGUCUACUUCAAGAACCUGCCCAGGGGGCUGGGCCUGCUCGCCUCCGACGCCGCGCUGUGGGAGUACCCGGUCACCAGGGUGUUCGUCCAGCGCUACGCCGACAACCGGACGGCCUUCUUCGAGGACUUCGCGAGGGCGAUGCAGAAGCUCGGCGCCGUCGGCGUCAAGACGGGCCGGCAGGGCGUCGUGAGGCGGCACUGCGAUGUCCUCUGAACUCGGAAUUUUGGUGGGGAGCAUUUCCCAACUCUCAUGUGUAAUGUGGUGCUGGUGCGGCUAAAAUUCGGCAAAUUUAGGAUCGGAUUCAGUGAGCUAUUGUGAACCUGUGAUGUGUUGUUCAUGUCUCUUUUGGGCUUUAGAUCAUACACACAGUUACAGAUGAGUACA